AUCUCCCGGUUCACUCUGAGCAUCUCGCAGUCGUGAGAGUCUCGGCAUGUAAUCGAGUACUUGGGAGUACAGCUUCCGCUGCUGCCGGUCUAGAACGUUGACUAGAAUUACCUGGCCGUGUGGCGAAGAUCACUAUUAGCAACAAUCGUUUUCAUCCAUUCUUCGUAUCUUCAACGAGAUAUUAUGAUUUUAUUUUCAACCUAAACAUGACCAUGGAAUGCAAGAGUUCAUCAACCGCAAAAAUCAAGGAGACGCCGGAAAACGAUGGCAUCUGCCCGGAAUUGAGAUUGCUGCAAUCGAUCGCAAUGCAAACCUCGUUGGGUCAGACAGCAUUGAAACUCGUAGACAAUUUUCUAUGGACCGUGGAGAAGUGCGCGGAAUGGAGCCUACCUAUCCAGGAAGUUGAAGACGAGAAUGGGAAAUCUUCGGGGAAAUUGGAAUUCGUAAGACCGUUGCCCUGGAUUUUAUUUUUGCCGAGCUUGGUGAUGCUACGUACGAUCAGGAUGACGGUGAACGUAGGUGCUUUCGUAAUAGGUUACCCCCAAGUCACACCGAGUGCAUUGGUAAAAUUCCUGCAAAAAAGUCGCAUGCGACUAAAUGACAUAAAGAAUAGUGGAACGAGGGAGAAACAGGAUAAGGAUGAGAAAUCGUCAAUGAACGAGACCAGAAGAGCCCUCAUGAAAUCCAUUCGUCUGACCUUAUCGAGCUUGUCCUGUCUGGAUACGUCCAAACCUUCCUUAUCACCACCACCCACUAAAAUUCACGUCAGUAACGUCUUCGAUUUCGAUGCAGCAACAUCAACAUCAGAAGAAAAAUCAGUGACGGAAUCAACAGAUAAUACAGAGAAGCAAAGAAACUUGAUAAAUCACAGUGAAUCGGAGGAGGAUGAGGAGCUGAAUGAUGAGGAUGAGGAUGAGGAGACUCUGGAAGAAAAGAUCGAUCGACUUGCCUUGGAGAGUAGCGAUGAAGAUGAGGAUUUUGAUCCGGCCGAUUGCACCGUUUCGAGCAACGAAAGUCGCGACAACAGCAAUGAGGAUGAUGACAGUGAGAUCGACGAGGACGCUGGGAAUGUAUCCUCCACCGAGCUUCGCGAUAUCAUCGAAGAUGCUAAACGCGUGAUACGUGACAAGAGUACAGAAGUGCGAAAUGAAAUCGAGAAGUUACAGGCUGCUGAGAGGGCCGCCGCACAAGUUUUCGACCAGAGAUUGCCGGCCGGGGAGAACCGUGAUAAGGUAGAGGAGCGCCUCUCGCAGCGUAUCGACUCGCCCACGUGUUAUACGCCCGACAGGUCCAGCGAGGGCGAUUCGAUCUUCUACUCGCCGCUCAGCUCAGACAACGAUAUGCCGAAGGCGCCGAUCACCGAGAAAUCCGUCUCGAGAGACUCCCUAGAGACGAACGAAUAUGCCAACGGUGAUAUACAUUUCAUUACAGCAUCAAUGAUUUCAGAGACAUCGAAGACGUCUGGAAGAGCAAACAACGGCGCGGUUGUUGAGAAACGCGGUGCAAACGUGAGUAAAUGUCACAAGGGUAAACGUACGAGUCACGGCAAUCGCAGAAAAAAAUAAUCAACCAGAGCGAAACAGAGAGAAAGAGAAAGAAGGCGGGAAAGAGAAAAUGUGAAAGCUUAAAGCUUCUCUUCGCAAAGGGUCGGUUAUUAUCAGUGAUAUCGCGCGCCAUAUCGAACGUCAUUGACAGUUACGAAAAUUAUCGAGGAUUAAGUAGAGAGAUUAAGAAGAUUUGGAAUAAGAGAUAUCUCUGUUCGAGCGCUGUCGCAGUCAGCGAGAUACAAUAAAGAUAUCUCGGGCUAUCUAUCAAGAUAUAUAUGUAUAUAUCGUAUAUACUAUUCUUGUGUAAAAUUUUCGACCUCAUCAAAAAAAAUGCCGAGUUAUCUCGGUUAUUUGAUAAUUAUUGUUUGCAGAAAAACAAUUCUAAAAAUCGCGAUGUUCCAUCACAUUGACAUUUCUUGACAUUUCUCUGUUGAAAUGUUUCAGUCAAACUCAAACCCGUCUAAAGCUGUCAUUAUCGCGACUUCCUUGGACACAUAUCGCGCUUUCUCUCUUUCGAGAAUAAUUAUAGUUUGCACGCGAAACAGUAAAGAAAAAAAAAAAAAAUAAAUGCAUGUCGCAGUUUGAAAUUCAUGCAUUGCGCUCGAGAAUGACACUCGUUGUUAGGAUAAUAUUCAGAUACGAUGGGGAAAUUAAUUGGAAUUGUCGAUUACUUUACGCGAUCCAGCAAUGAACUUUAUUCCCGAUUCUGAUAUAAACUUGUCUAGACAAGCGACGACGAAUACGAAUGCAUCUAAAUCGCGUUCAAAGUACGCACCGAGCAUUAUCGUAUUUAGACGAAACAUCGGGUCUAUCUUGGCAAUUACAUAAUCGCCGAUGGUAAAUUAUGCGUAUUUUGUUUCUCUUCGAUACGGUAAUGCAAAAUGCAACGUGUACGAAAAUAUGAUUAAAGUCUGCGCCUUAUCUUUAAAACUACUGCUUGAACUGGAUUUCCUCGCAUAUUUACACUCGCUUAUUUAUGUAAUAACAUCCGCGCACACAGAUAAAUGAUUAUUAUGUCUUACAUUCCAGAGCCGCAGAUAAAUAUAAAAGGAAUUCAGUUUUAAUCAAUAUGCACAUGAUUAUCUUGUAUGAUGUAUGCAAAUGUAUUUUCUUUUUUUUUAAACUAUAAAAAAGGACUAUGAAAUAAAUAUAGAAAAUGACCCGUCCAUCCUUUGUCAUUUUCUAAAUGCGUUUCGUUAUGCAUAACGUUUGCAACAUCCUUAUAUUAAUUAAAAUGUUAUCAUCUAAUUUUUAAUUAUUUCAGUUACAAUCGUACACAUAUAUUUUUUUCUGGCAAUGUAACAAUACAUAUAUAUCAAUAUUUCUUCUUGAAUGAUCGAAAUUAUUCAUUCACAUGUUCAUUCAUUCUAUUUUUAUCGAUUUUGAUUAUCUUGAUUUUGAUUAUGGAAGGUACAAAAAAUGCAUGUGCAUAUCAUCGAAAAUGGUAUAAUUUAUAAUCUUUUAUUAUAGUUAAUUGUAAUUAAUAUUUUUUCCUUUUUCUUUGUGAAUAUAUAAUAAUGUUACUAAGGUUGUUUUAUAUUGUUAAAAAAAAGAUCUACUUGUUAUUAUGAUAAUAAAUUAUUUAAUCGUAA